AGUCGAGCGGAGUUAAGCCCUGUCUUAGUUGGUCUUAGUGCGUGGUUAAUUGAAGUCUUUCGGGCGCGCGAGUGUUUACGGACAUAUUUAAAAACCGAACAAAUUUUUAUAUGUGCUUUUUUGGCAAUUGGUAAUGGCAUAAAUUACUCCGGAGUUUGCGUCGCUGUGUGUUUGCUCACUCUACGAUGGGAAACAUAACCUCCAAAUGACAGUUUCCUUAAUGUACUGGACUAUAUAAACAAUUUAUUUCCCAUGGAACAGUCACUGUCAAAUAUCAAUGAAGUGGAUCAUCUGUGCUAUCUGGGCGUUUAUCUACCUACCAAAGUUUGAAUUGCAAGCCUAAUAUAUGAUCAACUGGAACCUGUGGUACCAUGGCGAUCGAAUUAAAGUGAUACUAAUUGUAAGUGAAGACCGUGAAGCUGUUGGCACUUCACUUUCGAUCAUUUGCAUAUGCUAGUGGAAGGAGUAGAUAAUCUAAAAAUAUUAACACAAGAAAACAACAUGGAAAAAUUAUUGUACCAUUGCAAGGAGUGAUGCAAAUGAUUUUAACAGUUAUAUGGACAUGUCACAAGUGAAGCAAUUAUCUGAUCAAGGUUCAUCAGAUUCAGCAUAUGUUGGCCUAGCGGAUUUCAAACAGGCCUUUUCGAGUCAAAAUCCAAAAUAUUUCAACCAGUUAACGGAGGGAUGUUUAGUGUUAUCAGAAUUGCAUCCUAAAGUAAAAUCUUUGAAAAUCUUUCUUAAAAAGAAAAUAUAUACGCAUUACUACCAGUUUACGGAGCAGAGUUUAUACCAAAAACGGAAAAAAUUGUUGAUUUGUUGUCACAUCGUAACAAAAUGGUUACGUUCAGAAAACACAAGUGAUCAGUAAGCGGUCAAUGAUUAUUGGUCCUACUGUUAGAUCUCUAAAUUUAGACCAAUUAUAUUAGUGAAUUACUUAACUGUUGUGCAACGGUUGUGUUUUCUGAACGUAGCCUAUGUUUGCUUAAUUUAAAAGUUUGUACUUACAAAAUUCGUAUCCAUAGCUUAGUAGACAACAGGAACGAACAGUGUCAACUUUUGAAAAUUAGAUUUUGAUUAAUUAAAAGAAAUUGCGCUACGAGAAUUUAAAUUACAUACCCGUGAAGACUCAAUAAGUAAAACAAUAUUAAAAAAUUGUUUUUCGUUCUCGAUAUAAAGUUUAAUUCACAAAUUGAUAUUAAUAUGUGUACUUUAAUUCUGGAAAAAGAUUUCCAGGUCUCUAUAAAAGAACACAUAUAAAAUUUUAUUAAUGAUGUGCAC